AACAAGGGGAUGGCAGCUCACAUAAGCCAGAACCGACUCAAGGCCAAGGGCAUGGGCCAGCACCACAACGCCCAGAACUACAACAACCAGAGCUUUGAGGAGCUGCGAGCACUCUGCCUACGGAAGGGGCAGCUGUUCAAGGACCCCUUUUUCCCCGCUGAACCCAGCUCAUUGGGCUUCAAGGAACUGGGCCCCAACUCCAAAAACGUGCAGAACAUCAGCUGGCAGCGGCCCCGACAAAUCACAAGCAAUCCUCAAUUCAUUGUGAAUGGGGUCAGCCCGACCGACAUCUGCCAGGGGGUACUCGGGGACUGCUGGCUGCUGGCUGCCAUCGGCUCCCUUACAGUGUACCCCAAACUGCUGUACCGCGUGGUGCCCAGGGGGCAGAGCUUCAAGAAAAACUAUGCUGGCAUCUUCCAUUUUCAGAUUUGGCAAUUUGGGCAGUGGGUGGACGUGGUGGUGGAUGACCGGCUGCCCACAAAGAAUGGCAAGCUGGUGUUCGUGCAUUCAGCCGAGCGCACCGAGUUCUGGAGUGCCCUACUGGAGAAGGCGUACGCCAAGCUGAACGGAUCCUAUGAAGCCCUGUCUGGGGGCAACACGGUGGAGGGCUUUGAGGACUUCACGGGGGGCGUGACCCAGAGCCUCCAACUCCAGAAGCCCCCUCCGAACCUGCUGAGGAUGCUUAGAAAGGCCAUAGAGCGAUCCUCCCUCAUGGGGUGCUCCAUCGAAAUCAACAGCCAAAGUGACUUGGAGUCAUUGACGGAAAGGAUGCUGGUGAAAGGACAUGCUUACUCAGUGACCGGCCUUCAGGAUGUCCUGUACCGCGGCAGGAUGGAAACACUGAUUCGGGUCCGGAAUCCCUGGGGCCGGAUUGAGUGGAAUGGAGCCUGGAGUGACAAUGCCAAGGAGUGGGAAGAGGUGGCCCCAGACGUCCAGAGGCAGCUGCUGCACAGGAAGGAGGACGGAGAGUUCUGGAUGUCCUACCGAGAUUUCCUGGACAGCUUCACCCUCCUGGAAAUCUGCAACCUGAUACCCGACACGCUUUGUGGGGACUACAAGAGGUGUUGGCACACCACCUUCUACGAGGGCAGCUGGAGGAGGGGCAGCACUGCAGGGGGCUGCCGGAGCUACAUUGACACAUUCUGGACCAACCCACAGUUUAAGAUCUCUCUCCCCGAGGAGGAUGAUGCCCCAGAGGACGACGAAGCCGUCUGCACCUGCCUGGUGGCCCUGAUGCAGAAGAACUGGAGGCGGGCACGGCCCCAGGGAGCCCAGCUGCAGACCAUCGGCUUUGUCAUCUACUCCGUCCCAAAGGAGUUUCAGAACCUCCAGGACGUCCACUUGAAAAAGGACUUCUUCUUGAAGUAUCUGGACCUGGGCUUCUCAGAGAUCUUCACCAACUCGCGGGAGGUGAGCAGCCACCUCCGGCUGCCCCCGGGGGAAUACAUCAUCAUUCCCUCCACCUUUGAGCCACACAAGGAUGCUGACUUCCUGCUCCGGGUCUUCACCGAGAAGCACAGCGAGUCCUGGGAACUGGAUGAAGCCAACGUCGCUGAGCUUCUCCAAGAGGAGAACAUCUCUGAGAAUGACAUAGACCAGGACUUCACACGUUUGUUUCACAUAGUGGCUGGUGGAGAGGACAAGGAGGUGGGCAUGUAUGAGCUACAGAAACUGCUCAACAAGGUGGUCUCCAAAGUCAAAAACCUCAAAACCAAGGGUUUCAGCCUGGACGUGUGCCGCUGUAUGGUCAACCUCUUGGAUAAAGAUGGCUCUGGCAAACUGGGGCUUCAGGAGUUCCAGAUCCUGUGGAGAAAAAUCAAGAAAUGGACGGACAUCUUCCGAGAGUGUGACCAGGACCACUCAGGCACCUUGAACUCCUAUGAGAUGCGCUUGGCAAUUGAGAAAGCAGGCAUCAAACUGAAUAACAAGGUGACACAGGUGUUGGUGGCCAGGUAUGCAAAUGACGAAAUGAUCAUGGAUUUUGACAGCUUCAUCAGCUGUUUCCUGAGGCUGAAGGCCAUGUUCACGUACUUUCUAACCAUGGACCCUAACAAUACUGGCCAGAUUUGCUUGAACCUGAACCAGUGGCUGCAGAUAACCAUGUGGGGUUAG